GUUACCAGGCAGACAGCAUUUCCAACAUGGCAGCGUCGAGCAACGCAGAGCAAACGCAGUUGCAAGACAUGGAGGAGGAGGAAGAUGCGGGAAUGGAGGAGAGGGAGAUGGAGUCGGACGGAGAAGAAGAAGGAGGAGGAGGAGAAGGAGAGGAGGGAGAAGAGGGCAUGGGGGAAGAAAAUUCAGACGACGAAGAGGAUGAAUCGUCGGAGGACGAGAAAGAAAACGAAGCCGAGAUCCAACGGCUGGAGGAGCAGCUGUCAAUCAAUGCUUUCGACUACAACUGCCACGUGGAUCUCAUCAAACUACUCAAGCAGGAGGGAGAGCUUUUCCGCCUGCGAAAGGCAAGGCAGAAGAUGAGCGAACUUUUCCCGCUCACUGAAGAGAUCUGGCUAGACUGGCUCAAAGAUGAGAUCCGUCUGACUGAGGAGGAGCCGAACCGGGAGAAAGUAUAUGAACUUUUUGAGAGAGCUGUAAAAGACUAUCUCUGUCCAGAUAUUUGGCUUGAAUAUGCUCAGUAUUCAAUUGGUGGGAUGGGGUCACCAGGUGGAAUAGACAAGGUGAGAGCCAUCUUUGAGAGAGCUGUGACAGCUGUGGGGCUUCACAUGACGAAGGGACAGACGGUGUGGGAGGCGUACAGAGAGUUUGAGAACGCCAUUCUGUCCACAGUGCAGCCUCCUCCUGGCAGGAUUCCCAGCCGUGAGGAGCAGGAGCUGCUGAACACUCAGCUUGGGCGCAUCCAUACACUGUUUCGUCGCCAGCUGGCCAUCCCCUUAAUGGACAUGGAAGCCACGUAUGCAGAGUAUGAGGAGUGGUCUGACAGCGGGGUGUCUGAGAACGUUAUAAGUCAGUACAAAAAGGCUUCGCAGCAGAUGGAGAAGUGCAGACCUUUCGAGGAGUCACUGCUGGCAGCAGAACCUCCUAAGCUGGCAGAGUAUCAGACCUACAUCGACUUUGAACUAAAAGAGGGCGACCCAGCACGGGUCCAGAUAACCUAUGAGCGGACUCUGGCAGAGAACUGCCUGGUACCAGACAUGUGGGCAAAAUACACCACAUAUCUUGAUCGUCAGCUGAAGGUCAAAGACUUGGUUCUUUCGACUCAUGAACGUGCCGUCAGGAACUGCCCCUGGACGAUGGGUCUGUGGAAGAGCUACGUGCUAGCUCUGGAGCGGCAUGGAGCUGACCAUCACACCGUCUCCGAUGUUUUUGAAAAGGCGCUGAAUGCAGGUUUCAUUCAAGCGACGGACUAUGUGGAGAUCUGGCAGGCGUACCUCGACUACCUGAGGAGGCGUGUGGAUUUCAGCAAAGAAUCGAGUAAAGAAUUGGAGGAGCUACGAGGAGCUUUCUCACGAUCUCUGGACUACAUGAAGCAAGAUGUAGAAGAAAGGUUUGGUGAAAGUGGAGAUCCUUCUUGUAUCAUAAUGCAGAUCUGGGCAAGGAUAGAGGCCCACCACUGCAAGAACAUGCAAAAAGCCCGAGAACUCUGGGACAGCAUCAUGACAAAAGGGAAUGCCAAAUAUGCCAACAUGUGGCUGGAGUACUAUAACCUUGAAAGGUCUUACGGAGAUCCACUUCACUGUCGGAAAGCUCUGCACAGAGCAGUUCAGUGCACCUCAGACUACCCUGAGCACGUGUCUGAAGUCCUGCUCACGUUUGAGAGAGUGGAAGGUUCUCUGGAGGACUGGGACGUGGCAGUGCAGAAGACGGAGACCCGGCUGAACAGGAUUAAUGAGCAACGUGCAAAGGCGGCUGAGAAAGAAGCCAACCUGGCUCGCCAAGAGGAGGAGAGAGCUGAUCAGCGACGAAAAGGCAAGUCGGAGAAGAAGGCACAGAAGAAGUUCCAGAAGGGAACUCGAACUGGGGAGAAGAGGAAAGCGGAGCAGGAUGAUUAUCACGAUGAGUGGAAUGAUGAUGCAGAUCAAGCUCCUAAAAGGCACAGAGGAAAUGGGGACCAAGCCAAAGAGGAAUACAUGGAAACUGAGACGGGACUCUUUGGGAGGAACGCUCCCCCUGGCUUUAAACCUCCUCCACCUGGCGCUAAAAGGGCCCAGCAGGGAGAUGACAAGCCGGAGCUUCGCAACGACAACAGCAGCGUUUUCAUCAGCAACCUGGCAUACACGCUGGAGGAGCCAGAGGCAAAGCUCAGGACUCUGUUUGAGACCUGUGGUCCCAUCAAACAGAUUCGACCUGUCUUCAGCAACAAAGGGAACUUCAAAGGCUACGGCUACGUACAGUUUGAAUCUACAGUGUCUGUCGCCGAAGCCCUGAAGCUGGACAGGCGAGAGGUGGAGGGCAGGCCCAUGUUUGUGUCGCCGUGUGUGGACAAAAACAAAAAUCCUGAGUUUAAGGUGUUUAAGUACAACGCAUCCAUGGAGAAACAGAAGAUCUUCAUCUCUGGACUGCCGUUCUCUUGCACUAAAGAGCAACUGGAUGAACUCUGCAAAAGUCACGGCACCCUCAAAGAUGUUCGUCUGGUCACGUAUCGCUCAGGAAAGCCCAAGGGUCUGGCAUAUGUUGAGUUUGCAGAAGAAGCUCAAGCAGCUCAGGCGGUUCAGAAAAUGGACGGCAUGGAGGUGGACGGCAACAAAAUCUCUGUUGCUAUAAGCAACCCGCCUCGCAGGAACAUGAUGGAUAAACCUGGUUCCAACAGGCCCACAACAGACAUGAUGCCUCGCCAGGUCUUCGGAUCGAGAGGACGAGGACGCACCCAGCUCUCAUUACUCCCUCGAUCUCUGCACCGACAAAGUGGACCUGUAAGCAAAGUGGAGAACGGGAACUCAGCUGAGCCGGUCCCGACAACAGCCAGCGCAGCAGCAGCGAACGCAGCUGGAGAGACGAAACCUUUGUCAAAUUCAGACUUUGCCAGGAUGCUUCUCAGCAAGUGAGAAGAUGAGCGAGAGGAUUACGACCGCCUUCACACUGAAAGCCAUCUUGUGUCCUUACAAAUUAAGUGUUGGUGAUUCUUCUUUAAUUAGUUACCCGGCCUCCCUUUAAUCUUGUUCUCAUCAUCCGUUCUGAGAGAUUGCCUUAAUCGCCGAGCUCCUGCCCUCCAUCACCAAACCCUUUUCAACCAAGAUUUAUCCCCAGUGUGACAGUGUUUUCCUUUCUGGAUGUUCGAAGGUGGCCGGCAGGCUUUGUUUUUUUUUCUCUUUUAUAUAAAAAAAAAAUGUAUCAUAUUUGUAUGUAAAUAUACUGUAUCUAAAAUUGUACGCCUCUUGUUGCAAAGUGUCUUCUUUCGUUGUGUAAUGUGAAAGGGAUCCGAGAGACGUCACAUGGGAGAGUAUUUUUUUAAAUAUUCAAAACAGCCAAACUGGUGAAUGUUGUAUGCAAAAAUGCAGAUGUGUAUUAUAGUUGGUGCGGUGCGUGUGUGUAUGCGUGUGUGUUCAUGAGUCAACUGUGCUGCAGUAAUGAAAAGACAUUUUUAGGAAACUAGGAUUUUUGUUGUAUUUAUUUUGACCUUUUGAAGACACGGCUAACAACACUAGCAAUGAUUUUUCUGAUUGUUUAAUAGUGGUUUAUUUUCCAUAAUACCAUCUCUGAGUUACCAUCUGCUGUUAAUCGUCAGUAAUAUGAUGCUAUGGAGUUAAGACCCCGAGAGGGUCCAGCAAAUUAGUUUUAGUUCAUCAGCUUAAUCUUGGCCUGUGGGCUAACGCUUGAUAUCAGUUAUAGUAUUUACAGAUCUGCUCUAAGUAUACAGUCUCAUCACUGUUAAUGUGACCCCGUCUGUUCAGGGUAGAAACAUCAAAUGUUGUUUUUAGAUAUCGGUCUGAUUUCUGUGCAGAGGACUGAGAGAAUUUAAGAUGAAACUGAGGAAAUGUGUGUAAUUAGCUGCUUUUGUGGCAGUACACACCCCUGAGUAAUGUGUCUGUGCUUUAGUUUGGUUUAUUAAAAGUGUUUCCAACA